CUCCGGAUAGCCUAUCGCGCUUGGCGGCCAGCCACCGGUUACGGCACCGGUGAUCACGCAAUUUGUGCUAGAGGAAUCAGGUCCAAACGAGUAUUCGUGGGUCUCCAAUCCCCUUCCGGGCUGCAAAUGGUUUUUUCCCUUGCAGUGCGACUCAGGACACAACACAGGAGCAACUGCUGCGAGAAGGCAGUAACAUCGCCAACUGAUUAUCGAGGACGCCCUCCUUCCGAAGCCCUUCGUUGUCUCGAUUCAGGUCACCAAAACCUUGCGCACACCGUUGCCAGCACAGUGACCAGUGUCAGCGACCCGGACGGGAAUACCCAGUCCACCCAGGUAAGGUACUCUCUCGACUUCACCAACUCUCCACACCCGGUUUCGUAAGCCAUCCGCGGGUGGUCCCACGCUCUUAUAUAAAAUCCCUGGGGAUCCUCCGGAGGGGGGAUCAGACACAAGACUCGCCUCCUUCCUGUUCUCGAUUUCUUGUUAGGCUUGUCUACUCCCGUCAUCCUUCCCUCCCUCUUGUCAUCCUCUCUGCUCUCACCCUCCCACAUCCGCUUUUUUUCGUUGUCGUGCUUGCGGUUGACUUACUCCCGGCCGAUAGCCGCAUAACGCCAUACCCGAGCCGGACCCGCGACCCGUGUCCCGCGAUAACAGAUUUCAGAUCUCUAUCCUGAGAUCUCAUAUUCAGACGAAAUGGCGAACCCCCCCCACGGAGGUGUCCUCAAGGACUUGCUCGCACGCGAUGCUCCUCGUCACGAUGAGCUCGCAGCAGAGGCCGAGUCCCUCACUGCUCUCGUCCUGACCGAGCGUCAGCUUUGCGAUCUCGAGCUGAUCCUGAACGGUGGCUUUUCUCCACUUGAAGGUUUCAUGAACGAGAAGGACUACAAUGGAGUCGUCAAGGAGAACCGUCUUGCCAAUGGCAUUCUCUUUUCCAUGCCCAUCACCCUGGAUGUCUCCAAGUCUGAGAUCGAUGAGCUAGGCCUUGCGCCCGGCAAGAAGAUCACACUGCGGGACUUCCGGGAUGACCGCAACCUGGCCAUCCUGACCAUUGAGGACAUCUACAAGCCUGACAAGGCUCUCGAGGCCACAGAGGUCUUCGGUGACAACGACCAGGCUCACCCUGCCGUCAAGUACCUCUUCAACACCGCCGGCGAGUUCUACGUCGGUGGUAAGCUCGAGGCUGUCAGCCGUCUGCAGCACUACGACUUCGUCGACCUGAGAUACACUCCUGCGGAGAUUCGAUCACACUUCGACAAGCUGGGUUGGACCCGCGUUGUCGCUUUCCAGACCCGCAACCCCAUGCACCGUGCUCACCGUGAGCUGACCGUGCGUGCGGCUCGCUCUCACCACGCAAAUGUUCUCAUCCACCCCGUUGUGGGACUCACCAAGCCUGGUGAUAUCGACCACUUCACCCGUGUGCGUGUGUACAAGGCCCUCCUUCCCAGGUACCCCAACGGCAUGGCCGUGCUGGGCCUGCUGCCUUUGGCUAUGCGUAUGGGCGGUCCCCGCGAGGCUAUCUGGCACGCCAUCAUCCGUAAGAACCAUGGUGCGACACACUUCAUUGUUGGCCGUGAUCAUGCCGGCCCCGGCAAGAACAGCAAGGGCGUUGACUUCUACGGCCCUUACGAUGCCCAGUACGCCGUCGAGAAAUACCGCGACGAGCUCGGCAUUGAGGUCGUGCCUUUCCAGAUGAUGACCUACCUGCCCGACAGCGACGAGUACGCCCCUGUCGACACCAUCCCCAAGGACGUCAGGACACUCAACAUCUCCGGAACCGAGCUUCGGUCAAGACUCCGAAGUGGCCGCGAUAUCCCCGAAUGGUUCUCGUACCCCGAGGUCGUCAAGGUCCUGCGCGAGUCCCACCCUCCCCGUGCCCAGCAGGGCUUCACCAUCUUCUUGACGGGCUACAUGAACUCCGGCAAGGACCAGAUUGCCCGCGCCCUGCAGGUGACACUGAACCAGCAAGGUGGCCGCUCCGUGUCCAUGCUCCUGGGCGAGACGGUGCGCUCGGAGCUGUCGUCGGAGCUGGGUUUCUCCAAGGAGGACCGCAACAAGAACAUCGGCCGUAUCGCUUUCGUCGCCUCGGAGCUGACCCGCUCGGGCGCGGCCGUCAUCGCGGCGCCCAUUGCGCCCUUCGAGGAGUCUCGUGCGCACGCCCGCGAGCUGGUUGAGAAGUACGGUGACUUCUACCUCGUGCAUGUCGCAACCCCGCUCGAGCAUUGCGAGAAGACCGACAAGCGUGGCAUCUACGCCCGCGCCCGCGCCGGCGAGGUCAAGGGCUUCACCGGUGUCGACGACCCCUAUGAGGCUCCUGCCAAGCCCAAUCUGGUCGUUGACGCCUCCAAGCAGACCGUGCGGUCCAUUGUUCACCAGAUCGUGCUGAUGCUGGAGAGCCAGGGUCUGCUGGACCGCUUCUAGGGUUUUCGUGGUUGGCGUGGCGUUUAAGAGUGGGAAGGAACCAAAAAGGAGAGCAAGAGCCUAGGAAAAUAGACGGGCGAUUUCGUCGACCCGAGAAGACGGUAUCUUGGGCUCGGCAGCGUUGGGACAGAUUUGUUUGGGAUACAUGGGAGAACAAUGCACCUUGCUGUUCACUUAGAUAUCGGGCCUUCGAAUGCAGCCAUACACAUUCUACA